UAGGCUAUAAAAAUAAAUGAAAAUGAUUUGAUCAGAAUCUCAUAAAUUGAGCUUCAGUCUAUGUGGGAUUAAUUGUUUAUAAAACAUGUUUACACACUAAAUAAUAUAUAUCUUUUUUAAAUAAUUAAAUCAUCAGUGUACUGCUUUAAAAAGACAAGUCUUUUGGCGCCACCCAGUGGUGAAACACAUCUGUUACAGCUGUAGCUUCACUUCCGGUCCUCACGUCAACAAGGAAGUUCACCCCGAUGGAUGAGAAGCGACAUCAAGCAGCGAGCAUCACCUCUUCCUCACCGUGAACCCCUCAGAUCAUCAUCGUUUCUUUCCUCCCUCAGACAGGUGACCGGUUUACCUGUCCGCAUGGCGAUGUCAACGUUCCAGAAGGUGACGCUCGCGACGUGUCUCGUGCUGUGCGUCGCGCUGCUGCUUCCUAAGAUGCUGCUGUCUCGCUCCGGGAGGAAUGAUGCUGCUGAGCGGCCGGAGGGCUCCGGUCGCUUCCCUCCGAUGAUGCACCGCCAGGCGGCCCCGGAGGGUCGAAGCCAGAGGGCUGCAGCCUCCGGCUUCAACAGAGCCCAAAACUCCGAGGCCGUAGUCAGGACCAAGGGAGCAGGAACGGGAGCCGGAACGGGGGGCAAGUCCAACCUGGCGGGACAGAUCAUCCCCGUGUACGGCUUCGGGAUCUUACUCUACAUCCUCUACAUACUGUUUAAGAUCACAUCGAAGGGGAACAACAAGCCAACAGAGAGCCGCUUUCCUUCGGUUCGGUCAGAGAACAUGAAGAGAAAGAUCACUGACUUUGAGUUGUCUCAGCUGCAGGACAAACUGAGGGCAACAGAGUUGGUGAUGGAGAACAUUGUUUCCAACGCCCACCACAGUCCUGACAGGGUGAAGGGGGUGACGGCGGACCAGGAGGAGAGUCUCCUGCAGCAGCUGACGGAGAUAACUCGGGUGAUGCAGGAGGGCCAGCUGGUGGAAAACAUGGAGCCAGAGAAGAAGGACCAGGAGGAGGACUGGGAAGGUUCUGCAGAUUAUCCUGAGGAGCCUCAGCAGCAGUGGGAACAUUCCCGCUGCUCCUGUCACCACGGUCAGCAGACGGAGACGGAGGCUGAGAGGUCACAAGCUGAUGGAGCCGACCUGGACAACCUUCCCGAGGACGUUGCAGGUGGAGGAGAGGCUGCUGAGGAGCCGAAUAAAGAGAGAGAACCUGAUUUGACAGCAGCAGGUGAAGAGGAUGUAGAGCCAGAGAGCGAUGCAGGUGUGAACGAGAGGGCGGACGACGUGUGUGAACGCAAAGAGCCAGCGGGUAAAAUCGACCUGGGUGUCCCAGCGGAGGACCUGGCCGGAGUCCUGGAGGACCUGGAGCUCACGCUGAAGAUGACGUCCGUGAUGGAGCAGGAGAAGAUGGAGGAUCUCACCAGGACGACGGAGACGGACACUUCCUGCGGCACCGUGAGACGGAGGAACAAGAGGAGGAGAGCGAAGAAAGCCUCGCACUAACUCCCAACAUGACUGCAUAUGAACUUCAGCCUGGACAGCUGCUUCUUUUAAAUCUGCUCUCAUCAGAUGGGUUGUGUUGUCAGCCUCGUUUAUCUACUAUACUUGAAGUGAAUAACUUAGAAAAUGUGUUUUAUAUGACCGUUAAUAUCAGCUUUAUCCACUGGCUAGAAAAGGCACAAGUAUAGUUUAUGGUCAUAAAACUGUUCUUUUUCUUAAGAGAAAACAGGGGCCUCAUUUAUUAAACGCUCACAGUCAAAUACAAUAAUAUCAGUCUGCAUAAUGUAUAAAUUCAUGUUUUUUAAUUGAACAUUAAGAUGCUUCCAGGUCAAGAUUUGACUGUGAAAAAAAUCCAGUAUUUAUUUCUGUUGGGGGAGUUAUUUAUCAUAUUUCAUUUGUCUUUUUGCACGAUUAUCAGCCUCUUUUCCUGUAAAAUGAUUUUACUUUAUUUACAUCAAGUGCUUGUACUAGAGGUGGUUUUAAAAUGUAUAAAUGACCUGCAAACAUGACCGAAUCAGGCCACUUCAAAACAUGUUCUACAAAUUAAUACAUUUUGAAACUGCCAGAAAAAAGUUAUUGAUAAAGAAAGGAACCACUGAUGAUAUUUUAUGACGUUACUGUCUUUAACUGGGCUGAUGGUGCCUUUUCUCACCUGUUAGAAUACAUGUUUAACAACUUCCUGCAAUCUUUAUGUCCAAGAUGAAAAUUUUUUAGAGGAAUCUUAAAUUCUAUUCAACAGCCUCAGUCUGAGGAGACACAAUAGAUGCACUGUACUAAAUUAAAGAAAUGGGGACAUAAAUAAAUCCCCCUCUGUCUUCCCAUCAGUGUCUAUGAUGGAGAAAUCUUUGUCUUCUGCACCGAUAAACAUUUUAAGCUUUUAACAAACCUGCUUUCUUGUGUUCUAAAUUAUUUAAAGAUUUUUAAUUUUAUAAACUGAAUUUAUUUAUUUAUUGUUUAGAAAAGCACCUGGUUAUAGCAUAGAUCAGUGAUUAAAGUACUGUGGAUAACUUAAAUAAAGUGUUCUGGGUUCUCAA